AUGUGGAAAGCUAUUGUACUUGCAGCAUGCUUGCUGGUGGCUGGGGUUCAAGCCAUGGAUGACCCAUCGUACGGCGUGAAGCUAUGUGGACGUGAGUUCAUCCGGGCAGUCAUCUUCACAUGUGGAGGCUCACGAUGGAAACGGUCACUCAGGAGUACAGCAGAUUCCUCAGAGGACCCGUUCAGCUCCCGUCAGGAUGAAUCCUCAGAGGGUUUGAGUCACAACUUUGUGGUGGAGGGUCUCCUCCAAGGGACCAGAGAUUUAAGCAUCACACCAAGAGAUGACCAGGGGGGAGCGUUCAGCCGAACGACACGGUCUUUCAUCACCGAGGAAAUCCUGGAAGCUCUUCGCAAGGCUGACCGCAAGGGCCGGGAUGUGGUGGUGGGUCUUUCCAACGCCUGCUGCAAGUGGGGCUGCAGCAAGAGCGAGAUCAGCUCCCUUUGUUAA